AAGAACUAGACGCCAGCACUCAAGCUUUGACUACCUCCCCAAAAACCCUUUCCUUUUACCUAAUCAAAAUGCACAGUACCAUUAUACAAAUGCCCCAAUAAAUGGAUGACAUUGACGUGAUUGACCCGUCUCCAUAGACUAGCAAGAACCCAAGACUUGUUGUUUGUUUCAGCUCCCCAAAGAAAACUGAAGAACAAGAAGAAGACACUGAGAGAUCGACAGAGAGAAAAAGAGAGAUGGGUACUCGGAAAGCUGCGGCUGAGGCGGAGGCUGCGAUAAAAUCGAUUGGGUUGGGCUACGAUCUCACCGUUGACUUGAAGCUCAAGUACUGCAAGCACCAGUCUUCCGGUGUUGACUCGCGCUUGAUCGCCGUCGACGACGAUCAAGUCCGAGAUAUCGCUAUUCCCGGCGGGAUUUGCAUACCGAAUGUCCCCAAGUCCAUCAAAUGCGAUAAGGGCGAGCGCAUGAGGUUCGGCUCCGAGGUUCUUUCAUUUCAACAGAUGUCAGAGCAGUUUAACCAGGAACUGGCUCUGUCCGGUAAAAUUCCUACCGGACAUUUCAACACUGCGUUUGAGUUUACUGGAGGAUGGCAGAAGGAUGCUGCCAACACAAAGACUCUUGCUUUCGACGGGGUUUCGAUCACCCUCUACAGCGUUGCUCUUGACAAAUCUCAGGUAGCCUUGCGUGAUGAUGUCAAACAAGCUGUUCCUUCUUCCUGGGAUCCUGCAGCAUUGGCAAGGUUUAUUGAGAAGUACGGAACUCAUGUUAUAGUUGGGGUGAAGAUGGGGGGAAAGGAUACGAUAUACGCCAAGCAGAUGCACUCUUCACCUGUCCAACCUGCUGAUGUGCAGAAAAAAUUGAAGGACAUGGCAGACAAAAUGUAUAUAGAUGGAACUGGAACUGGUCACGAAAGAGACAAGUUCGCCAAGGAGCAUGGGCAGGGUAUUAUGAACGCGAUUCCAUCCAGUUCUUACGCAUCUGUUGAGUCACAGGAUAUUAAAUUUGUGUGCAAGAGAAAGGGUGGAAGCUUACAAAAAAAUCUACGUCACAGUGAGUGGUCUCAAACAGUUCAGCUUGAACCUGAUGUGAUCUCAAUGUCAUUGGUUCCUAUCACAUCGUUACUGAGUGGAGUUCAUGGGAGUGGAUUUUUGAGCCAUGCCAUUAACCUCUAUCUUCGUUACAAACCGCCAAUUGAAGAACUACAUCAAUUUUUGGAAUUUCAGCUUCCAAGGCAAUGGGCACCGGUGUUUGGUGAGCUUGCUCUUGGUCCUCAGAAGAAGCAACAAGGUGGUGCAUCUUUACAGUUUAGCUUCAUGGGCCCUAAGCUUUACGUUAACACAAAUCCGGUUGAUGUGGGGAAGAAACCAGUGACGGGUCUCCGACUGUAUUUGGAGGGAAAAAGGAGCAAUUGCUUAGCAAUCCACCUGCAGCAUCUUUCAACGCUGCCAAAGACUUUCCAACUCCAGGAUCAUUUGCAUAUCUCUCAUCCCUCAUCUGACCGCAGAUAUUAUGAGAAGGUUCAGUGGAAGAGCUUCUCUCAUGUCUGCACAGCUCCUAUUGAGGCUAAUGAUGAUUUCUCUGUUGUCACUGGGGCUCACUUCGAAAUUGGAGAGUCGGGGAUGAAAAAAGUAUUAUUUUUACGACUUCAUUUCUCUAAAGUCAGCGGUGCAACCAAUGUUAGACAAUCUGAGUGGGACGGUUCCCCAGCCUUGACACAGAAAUCGGGUAUUAUUUCAACCAUUAUCAGCACUCGUUUCUCGUCUGCUGCCCAAAACCAGCCCCCUAAUCCUGCUGAUGUGAACAUAAAUUCGGCUUUGUAUCCUGGAGGCCCCCCGGUACCCACACAGACGCCUAAACUAAUGAGGUUUGUCGACACAACAGAAUUGACUAGAGGACCGCAGGAUUCACCUGGAUAUUGGGUUGUGUCCGGUGCAAGGCUGCUUGUUGAGAAGGCUAAAAUAUCUUUACGAGUCAAGUAUUCUCUCCUGACCAUGAUUUUACCUGACGAAGAAGAGAUGCCAGAUGGCUAUUGAAAUGCGAUGGAUAAGAAAAUAGAACAUGAGAUGAGACAUUCAUAGUAGAAAGGAGUUGCAAUGGAUUUGUGGGGCAUCCUCAGUGUUCCAUCUUCAUCACAGAUAUGACCUUCUGCUGGAAUAUUCGUUGGGUUGGUUGUAUAUAACUUUUGCAUACGCUUCUAUGUAAAUUUUUCUUUAUUUAUUGUAGAUUAUCCUUGCUGGUGCUGAUUUUUAAUA